CCUGAUAUACCUACUGAAAAUAUUCCACCAGCUUCUGAUGAUCUAGCUAAAGUUGAAGAAAGUCUGUAAGUCUAUUGGAUAACCUUAUUAUUACAUGGACCACUAUAUUUUUCUAUAGUUUUUUAUUUUGCUAUAGGUUUUGCAUUGUUUAUUUUGACUGUUCAUUAAUUAAACACAAUUUAUUUAUUGUGUCUUGAUUAGUAAUCACAUUUUAUUCUUGGUACAUUGCCAUCCAAUCACUCAUUGUUUUGUCGUAUUUUAGCAUUGUGGAAAGGGCCUCUAUGUACAGUAAUUAACAUAAUGUAUACAUCAAUUCUGUUGUACAGUAAUUAACAUAAAGUAUAACCAAUUCUUUGUGCAGUAAUUAACAUAAUGUAUACAUCAAUUCUGUUGUACAGUAAUUAACAUAAUGUAUAACCAAUUCUGUUGUACAGUAAUUAACAUAAUUUAUAACCAAUUAUUUGUACAGUAAUUAACAUAAUGUAUAACCAAUUCUUUGUACAGUAAUUAACAUAAUGUAUACAUCAAUUCUGUUGUACAGUAAUUAACAUAAAGUAUAACCAAUUCUUUGUGCAGUAAUUAACAUAAUGUAUAACCAAUUCUUUGUGCAGUAAUUAACAUAAUGUAUAACCAAUUCUGUUGUACAGUAAUUAACAUAAUUUAUAACCAAUUAUUUGUACAGUAAUUAACAUAAUGUAUAACCAAUUCUUUGUACAGUAAUUAACAUAAUGUAUACAUCAAUUCUUUGUACAGUAAUUAACAUAAUGUAUACAUCAAUUCUGUUGUAUAGUAAUUAACAUAAAGUAUAACCAAUUCUUUGUGCCGUAAUUAACAUAAUGUAUACAUCAAUUCUGUUGUACAGUAAUUAACAUAAUUUAUAACCAAUUCUGUUGUACAGUAAUUAACAUAAUGUAUAACCAAUUCUUUGUACAGUAAUUAGCAUAAUGUAUAACCAAUUCUUUGUGCAGUAAUUAACAUAAUGUAUACAUCAAUUCUGUUGUACAGUAAUUAACAUAAAGUAUAACCAAUUCUUUGUGCAGUAAUUAACAUAAUGUAUACAUCAAUUCUGUUGUACAGUAAUUAACAUAAUGUAUAACCAAUUCUGUUGUACAGUAAUUAACAUAAAGUAUAACCAAUUCUUUGUACAGUAAUUAACAUAAUGUAUAACCAAUUCUGUUGUACAGUAAUUAACAUAAUGUAUAACCAAUUCUUUGUACAGUAAUUAACAUAAUGUAUAACCAAUUCUGUUGUACAGUAAUUAACAUAAUGUAUAACCAAUUCUGUUGUACAGUAAUUAACAUAAUGUAUAACCAAUUCUUUGUACAGUAAUUAACAUAAUGUAUAACCAAUUCUGUUGUACAGUAAUUAACAUAAUGUAUAACCAAUUCUGUUGUACAGUAAUUAACAUAAUGUAUAACCAAUUCUGUUGUACAGUAAUUAACAUAGUGUAUACACUUCUGUUGUAGGAAUUUCAUCAAAACUGUUGAGGAACCUAAAAAAGUUUCAUUAGAUUUACCAAAAACAGACAAAGAGGUAUUAAAGAUGGCUAUUUUACUGUUGGACUUGCUUCUAUCUGGGAUGCUUUCUUUCUUGUACUGUAACAACCAAUUAGCCUUUCUCACGCCGCCAUUUUUGGGGUACUGCCUUUUCCAAAUCUGAGAUUGCACGCAGUGAAUAAGGGAUUUGUAUAACUACAAUUGUAAGUCUAAUCAUUAUAAGUUAAUUUACAGUUAAAUAUUUGAAAAAAAUGUUUUCACAUCGCUUGGAUUUUUCACGUCGCUUUCAAAAAAGUACCCCAAAAAUAGCGAAUUUGGCCUUCGUGAGAAAGGCUAAUUGGUUUUUUUUUAUUGUAUCGAAUUCAUUUUGUUUUAGAGGAAAAUGAAUAGACAGGAACGAUUUGGUAUUCCCUUAAAUGAAAAACAAAAGAAACUUGCAAGAGCGGAAAGGUAUAGGGUUUUACUUUUACUGCAACAGCACUUACCAGACUGCUCAGUUUUAAUAAUCUUAGUGUCAAAAUUACUUUCGUAGAUUGAAUUUUCGAUGCAAUAAUAAAAAUCUGGAACACAUGUUUUUGGGAUAUAAGUAUUAUAUACUAAAGUGUAUUAUAUAAUUAUAAUAGAUUUGGUGCUGGUGGAAAAACUAAUGCUGCUGGAAAUCAAAAACUUGCUGGAUUUACAAAAGUAUGCAUUUAAACUUUGUUAUAUCAGUGCAUUAUUUUAUUAUCAGUGCAAUAUUCAGAACUACUAACCCCUCCAAAUUUUUUUUGCUAGGAUUCAGCUGAUAUAGAAAAGUUAUCAAAACGAGCUGAACGCUUUGGAGCGGUUUCUCCUAUUGUCACCAAGGUAUUGUAAACUUUGCAAGACUUCUAAUUAGAACAUAAUAUAUAAUGAGGCUAUUAUUCCAUUUAUGUUCUAAUUAGCCCACUAACAAAACUUGUGUUUUCAUAUAGACAGAGAGGAAGUUGUUGGCUAAAUAAAUUAUUUAAUAUUUUAGACGGUUGAAGAAGAAAAAAUUAAAAAGAGAAAAGAAAGAUUUGGUGUUUCAACUUCAGGCUUGGGUUCGGACGCGGAG